CCAUCCCCAUCUCCGAGGCCGCUCUCGGAGUAGGUCAGGUCAGAUCAGGGUGAUAAACCGACUUACGUGGGUCGGAACGCGUGGGUAAAACAAAUACUUAUUUAAAAAGAUCCAGCUUUUUUGUGCAGUGAAGGAUUUGAAGCCAUGCUUCCUCUGAAGGAGAAGGACAGAGCAGUGGUGCGGAUGCUUCUCUCUGCAGGAUGCUGCCCCCGAUGUGUACUAAGAUUCUGUUUUGUCGGAACACAGACCCUCUACAGGCUUUCAUGCAAGGAGUUGCGUGCGGAGCUGCACAGGUUCUUGAACGACGGCGACGCUGAAUCCGAAGAGACGGACGAACUUCAGCCCCCUUCCAAGAAAGUUCGGCUGCAGGGCGCCGGGGAGAGCGCUUUAGACCCAGAGCAAAACGGCAGUGCAGCCAGCACCCUGCCGGCAGAGGAGGUCCAUCCGGGUGACAGAGCCGGAACCUGCACCGUGUGUCUGGGUGUGUUGCAGGCACUGUGCGAGAAGGACUUUGUCAAACUGGUGUGUGGUAAGGUUGACUCUGCAGAUUACCAAUACAGCAGCCUUGUGUUCUCAGUUUCAUUACCUCCACAACUUUUAGUCAGAGAGCAUGCCACGUGGUUGCUGGUAAAACAGGAAGCGGGACAACCAGGUUCAUUAACAAAAGAUGACGUGUUACAGCUGAAGGAAGUCUACAAGUGGUUGACCCACCCUCUCCUUUCUGAGGAGCUGGGGGUGCCUGUCGAUGGCAAGAGCUUAUUUGAAGUGAGUGUGAUCUUCGCCCACCCUGAAACAGAUGGAGAUUGCCAUUUCCUGGCCUCAGUAUGCCGUGACUGUUUUCGACCAACAAAAAACAAGCAGUCAGUUUUCACACGAAUGGCAGUGGUGAAAGCCUUGGAGAAGAUAAAAGACGACGACUUCCGACAGCAGUUUUGCUUAUGGCCUGAAGCUCCUAAGACUGCCUGCAUUGCUGAGGAAAUCCAGUGUUCUCACACCCCGGUCUAUGUGGCAGGAAGAUACAACAAAUUCUCCAGAAAUCUACCGCAGACACCCUGGGUGAUAGAUGGAGAAAGGAAAAUGGAGUCUUCGGUGGAAGAACUCAUAGCGGAGCCACUGACGGCGAUGUUUAAAUCAGAUAGUUUCAAUUUCUCAUCUUCAGGAAGAGAAGAUGUAGACGUCAGAACCUUAGGAUAUGGCCGGCCCUUUGCAAUUGAAGUCUUAAAUCCACAUAGAUGGUCCUGCACUCAGGAAGAGAUCACAGAGCUUCAGCAGCAAAUUAAUAAGUCUACUGAUAAAAUCCGAGUUCGAGAUUUACAGAUCGUAACCAGGGAAGCAGUGGGCCAUAUGAAAGAAGGUGAAGAAGAAAAGACCAAGUGCUACAGUGCUCUGAUAUGGACCCAGAGAGCGAUAGAAAGGAGCGAUAUCAACUUUCUUCAGGACAUGAUGGAGCUAAAGCUUGAUCAGAAGACUCCACUGCGGGUUCUCCACCGAAGGCCUCUGGCUGUAAGGUUCCGUGUAAUACACAGCAUGAAAGUGGACUACAUAGAUCAACAUCAUUUCCGCCUUUACCUCAAGACCCAGGCUGGCACCUACAUUAAAGAAUUUGUACAUGGGGAUUUUGGCCGCACAAAGCCAAACCUCGGGAUUCUGAUGAAGACGACGGUGGACAUUCUCGAAUUGGAUGUGGAGUCUGUAGAUGUUGACUGGCCGCCCAGAUUGGAUGAAUGAAGUGCUGACAGUGAACUGGAGUUGGUAACCUCGGACAUGAAUCAUUCGGGAUCACUUCAAACCAGCGCCCAUUCCCUGGUUGCAAAUGGGCUGCUGGAGCUGACGUGGGCUUUGAUAGUAAAGGAGGGGCUUUUGCCCCCUCGAAAAAAUUGUUUUAUAGGUUUAAUGGAGCGUGCAGUUUGCAAUGUUAAAUGGUUAGAGAGAUACCUGCGGCAAGUUAGAUAUGAUUUAGUGCCUUCUCUCGCCCUGCGGGGAGCAAUCCAUUAGCUUCCAAUCCCCCAUUUGCACAGCGACUGUUAAUAUUUGUUGAGCCACAUGCGACUGAGUCAGUAGCUAGGGGGAACGGUGUAAAUGGUGCUUUUGUUGUGAAGUUAUCUGACAAAAAAGAUGCGGGGGGGCAGCCCGUGAUAAAAUGUGCCUUGAACUGCACCGUUAAUUCUGCUCCACGGCAAACUGCUGCAGUUUAAAUUCUUCCUGUGACCCCCACCCCCCCCUCACCCCCGGUAAUUUCAUCAGGAUUGCUUUACAGGAGACUGAGCUGUUUUUAUCAUCCUCCAUCUGCAUUGCCGUGCCACAAUCUCCUUGCGAAUGAGAUGAACGGGAAGCUUCAGGGAAGCAUCUUUGCUGAACUUGUCGCAUGUGUAAACCAGCUGUGAUCCGCAGUGGGUUGUAACGCUGAUUAUGCCGAGCCGUUUUGAUGCGUUGUGGCUCGAAGGUGAAAGAUAUUUUGUGGCGUCAGGAACAACGAAAGAAGUGAAAGUGUAAAUAUCGUAAAAUGUAAUGUCUCAGUUUGUUUCGCGAAAGAAAGUCUAUGUAAAACCGGUUUCACUCUCCAAUACGAUUUUAAAUGCAGUUUUUAAUCUCUGCGCUUGUUUUCAUUAAAAAUCACCUUAAACCAA